UUUCAGCUUUACAAAAAUAUUUUUACAUGCAUAAAUUCAGCUAGCUACCAUGGCAGAUUUAAUGGACCAGUAUGCAACCAUUGAACUUUCAAAUGGCUCAUUUCAAUUUCAGCAACAUGUUGAGCAAGAGCCUAUAUCUUCAGGUUAUGUCGAUGUUUCAUCUCAGGAAGAGAAACCAAUGUUUCAAAGAGAGCUCUUCAAUCUUAGGCCUGCAUCGAAAAUAAUUGAUGUUGCUGUUUCUAAUAAUGUCAUGGUAGUGGCGCUUGAAGGUAACCAUGUUAAAAGAAUCAACAUUGCAAAUCCUUCCGAACUGGACACUGUGGAUAUACCCAAAAGAAGUGAAGAUCAAAUAGACAAAGUGUUUUUAAAUCCUACUGGUCAUCAUUUGUUGGUUUCCAUGAAGUCGGGGGAAUCAUUUUAUCUUGGUAGAAGUAAUAAAAAACCUAGAUCAUUGGCAAAACUAAAGAACCACAAAAUUGAAUGCAUUGCAUGGAAUAAGAUACAGGCUACAGAAACAACAACGGGACAGAUUCUACUUGGCACUGCAAAAGGUAUGAUUUGUGAGACGGAAAUUGAUUCUGAAGAGAAGUUCUUGUCAAUGGGUGCAGAAAAACACAUGAAAGUUAUCUUUAAUGUAAAUGAAAAUCGUAGUGAAGAAGAGUCUAUUACUGGCUUACACAUGGAAAAAUUUAGUGGUUUUGAAAAAAGAUAUGUUGUGAUGGCAACUACUGUAAGUCGACUUUAUCAAUUUGUUGGUGAUGCAUCAAACGAAGCUCCAAUCUUUCAACCAGUGUUGACUGUGUUUAACCCUGACCUUACACCAUAUUUAGAGCUACCCGCCGGCAUGCUGGAUUACAGCGGUUUAAACUUUUACUAUCCCAGAGCAAAGGGGAUGCCGAAAUAUUUUGCAUGGCUUACAAGUCCUGGCGUAUAUUUUGGACAUUUGGAUUUCACACGCAGUACUGUCAAACAAAAUAUCACCACUGAAACAAGAUUGUUACCACCAACAGAAAUUAAAGCAGAAGCUCCUAUUGCCAUCGAUAUCACUGAAUUUCAUUGCACUUUGCUUUAUAAAAACAAAUUUGAAACAAUCUGCAUUUUAAAUGAUGAAGAAGAUUUUGUGGAAACCAUUCCAUCUAGGUUUGGUAUGAUGUGUGGUUUGAGAUCAGACAUUAUGAAGAAGACACUGUGGGUCUUCUCCGAAAGUUGUAUUUUUCAGUAUAAAAUCUUCCACGAGAGUAGAAACGUGUGGAAGUUAUACCUCAAUAGUGGCGAGUACGAGCUUGCAAAAGAUUACUGCAAACAUAAUCCUGCUCAAAUGGACCUAGUGUUACGCAAACAAGCCGAGAGUAUGUUUGAAGAGAAAAAAUAUGAACAAGCAGCUGCUUAUUAUGCAUUGACUCAAAUUUCAUUCGAAGAAGUUGCAUUAAAGUUUAUACAAGCCAAACACUCCGAAGCUUUAAAAAUGUUUCUAUUGAAAAAAAUGGUGAAUUUAAAAGCUCAUGAUCGUACUCAGUUAAUGAUGCUGUUAACAUGGUUGAUUGAACUCUACUUAAACCAACUAGGAGAGUUACGUGAUCAAGACAAAAAAGGGGGUGUGUAUGAUUCCCUGCAAGAUGAGUUUCGGAAAUUUUUAAAUCAAAGUAAAGUUAAGGCUUGCCUGGAACAGAACAAGCGUGUUGCUUACGACCUUUUGUCCAGUCAUGCAGACACUGAAAAUCUGAUUUUUUUCGCCAUGAUAAUGCAAGAUUAUCCACGUGUUAUCCGACAUCACAUACAACAAGAUGAUUUUUUAGCUGCAUUGGAAGUUCUAAAGAAACAGCGAGAAGAUUAUCAGCUACUGUUUGAGCAGUUCUCUCCCACUUUGAUGCAACAUAUACCUAAACAACUGGUUGAAGUGUGGAAGCAACGAGACCUAGACGCGAAGAGCUUGAUUCCUGCACUAGUGACUCAGACGCAGAACAAUGACCAGAAGUCCUUAAAAUAUGCUGUUGAUUAUCUGGAACAUUGUGUGUACAAACUGAAGAAUGAAGAAUCGGCUAUACACAACUACUUGGUAUCACUCUAUUGUAAGAUGGACGAAGAAGGUCCUUUACUGAGAUAUCUCAACUCACAAGGACAGGACAACGAGGAGGUAAGUUAUGACCUUAAGUACGCUCUUCGUCUAUGUUCGGAAAACGACAAACAUCAAGCGGCGGUACAGAUCUACAGUACGAUGGGUUUGUAUGAAGAAGCAGUAGACCUCGCGUUAAAAGUCGACAUCGAGAAAGCAAAACUGUACGCCGAUAAACCGGAAUACGACGACGUCUUAAAAAAGAAGCUCUGGUUAAAAGUUGCGCGGCAUGUCGUAGAAAAACAGCAAGACAUUGGAAGAGCAAUGGAGUUGUUGACGGAUUGUCCAUUACUGAAGAUUGAAGAUAUCCUACCAUUCUUUCCUGAUUUUGUUAUCAUUGACCACUUUAAGGAAGCUAUUUGUGAAUCUUUACAAGAAUACAACCGACACAUAGAUGAACUCAAGAUGGCUAUGCAGGACGCAACAGAAAGCGCGAAAGUGGUUCGUGCAGAAAUUCACGAUAUACGAAGCAGAUACGGCUCCAUAGAAGCUCAAGAAAAAUGUGCUGUUUGUUAUUAUCCCUUGGUCACACGUUCCUUCUACUAUUUUCCAUGUACGCACGUGUUUCAUUCGGAUUGUUUAAUCACAAAGGUAAAAGAAGAGUUAAAAGAAAGACAACGUGUGAAGCUAGAAGAUGUACUCAAUCGAUUAUCAUCUAAUGUAUCCACGACCGCACAAGCACGAGAAAAAUUGCAGGACGAUCUUGACGAGCUGGUAGCUGGUGAAUGUUUAUAUUGUGGAGAUGCGAUGAUUAGAUGUCUUGAUAAGCCGUUCAUUAAAGAUGUUGAUUUUGAAGCCAUACUUCUCAGCUGGAAGUGAAGGCUUGAACAAAAGCGACAAAAAUUCGAUGGGAUCAAAAUACAGAACAGAAUGAAAAAAACAGCAAUAUUGCGUUAGACUCAACUUCAUUACGAGGCUCUGUGUUCACAUCCAGUGCCACGCCGUAGAAUAUUCACUGUAUAUAGAACAGAUUGUACAUUUUAUACUGCAAUAAAAAUCAGAUUUUCAUACAAA